UGCAGCCGGCUCGCCUGGCGGGCUGUGUGUGCGCGCGUGUCCGUGUCACUCACAGGCGCUCUCCGCUCGCGGCGUUGGGUGAAGAGAGGGCACCGAAGGAGAGAGGCGGCCGCUGCCGCUCCUGCCGCCGCCUCCACCACCACCAUCUCCUCCUCCUCCUCCUCAGCAUGUUGCCAUCCCGUCGGGUCCCCAGAGAGAGGCGGCGCCCGCUCGGGGCGGCACGAGCAGAGCAGCAGCGGGAGGAGGAGAAGAGGAAGGCGGAGAGCGACGAGGCGAAGACGACGACGACGGCCAGCGCCACAGCCAGGGGCCGCCGUGCCGGGAGCAGCCGGAGCCGCAGCAGCAGGUGCUAGGUGUGUGCGCGCGCGCCUACCUGCCUGGCCAGCGGCUGCCCAGCCCUGCCCUGCCCGUGCCCGGUGUCUGCCGCCGACGGCGCGGCGGGGAAGAGAGCGAGAGAGCGCCAGCCAGCAUGCCCGCCCCAUGCCUCCACCUCGGGGGCCCUUAGCGCCGGAUCCCCUCCGCUGCGCCUGGACAGCCGCCUGAUCUGAUUUGGACUGGGGGCUCGGUGGGCUCGCCGCCGCCUCUUCUCCGGAGGCCGUCGCCCCCUCCCCGCACUCCCGAGGCGCUCAACUCCUCCGGACUGGACCUGACUCAAGCUGGGCUGGCGCCGGAUCGCGUGAGGAAGAAGCCCUCUCCCGCCUGCGCCCGGCGCGCCUCCUGCUCAUCUGUUGCUCUGCCUGCCGCUCGCUCCCUGCCUGGGCUCCAUGGAGGCAGCCGCGCUGGCCGCUCCUUGCCCUGCCAGCUGAUUCGCCUCCUUGCCACGGCCGGGGGGUGCGGGGCACUGAAGCCUCUCCCCGCCGCUCCCCCGCCGCACCUUUCUCCCCAAACCCAGCCAGGCAACGUCUCCGGCGCGCCCCCCGCCUUCCUCUCGCGCGCUCUCUCGCUUUGCCCGACCCACUUCGGUGCGAUGCUGCCGGGGAGCGCCGCUUCCUAAGCGCCCUCUGCUCCGGGCUGCCCGCCUACGGUGCCCAGGCGUUGGGUUCGCCGAUCUGUGGAGAUUUACAAAGGAGAUCCCCCCCACCCCGGAUCCAGAAGCAGGAAAGGCGGCUGCGGAGGGGAGGGGGAGGAACAUGGAUGAGAAGCUGCAGGCGCAUCAGGUUGACAUCGACCCGGAUUUCGAGCCCCAGAGCCGGCCACGCUCCUGCACCUGGCCGUUGCCUCACCCUGACUUCCCGGGAGAAGAGGACGAUGGAGCCGGCUGCGGUGCUGGAGCAGGGAGCGGCGGCUCCAAGCACCCCGUGGCCGGGGGACCCGAAGGCGCCGAGAACGCCGGAGUGGCGGCGGAGCGCGGCAAAGCCGCCCCGGCGCUGCCUUCGCUGGGCGCGGAUGUUGGACAGCUCCGCAAGGCGAAGACCUCGCGGCGGAACGCCUGGGGCAACCUUUCUUACGCGGAUCUCAUCACCAAGGCGAUCGAGAGCUCCCCGGAGAAGCGGCUCACCCUCUCGCAGAUCUACGACUGGAUGGUCAGAUACGUCCCCUAUUUUAAGGAUAAAGGAGACAGCAACAGUUCGGCCGGUUGGAAGAAUUCGAUCCGGCACAACCUGUCACUGCACACCCGCUUCAUCCGGGUGCAAAAUGAAGGCACUGGCAAGAGCUCCUGGUGGAUGCUGAACCCCGAGGGCGGCAAAACUGGCAAGACGCCACGCCGGCGGGCGGUCUCCAUGGACAACAACAGCAAGUUCCUGCGCAUCAAAGGCAAAGCCAGCAAGAAGAAGCAGCUGCAGGCGGCCCAGGAGCGCGGGGAGGAAAGCCCCUCCAGCCAGCAGGCCAAAUGGUCAGAGAGCCCCACCUCCCACGCGGGCGAGGAGUACGACGCCUGGGCCGACUUCCGGACACGGGCCAACUCCUCCGCCAGCACGCUGAGUGGGCGCCUCUCCCCCAUCAUGGCCAACCACGAGCCAGAUGAGCUGGAAGAGGACGACGGGACCCCAUCCUCACCGCUGAUGUACCCGAGCCCCUCCAGCACCAUGUCCCCCUCCCUGAAUGCCCGCUGCUCCGUGGAGAUGCCCAGGCUGACCGACCUCACUGGCACCAUCAACCUGAACGAGAGCCUCGGUGAGAGCCUUCUGGAUGACCUCCAGGAUAACUACAGCAUGAGCCCUGCCCAGCCCCUCCCUGCUGGCGGCCUCCGGCAGAGGAACUCUAGCUACAGCUUCAACUCCAAGUGCUCAGCUGUGGGAGCUGGAGGAGGUGGCGGCGGAGGCGGCGGUGGCGGAGGCAACACUUACUGUGGGACCAUCUACAGCCAGCCCGCCAUGAGCCUCAUGCGCCGCCUUCCCAUGCAGACCAUCCAGGAGAACAAGCAGGCCACCUUUGCCCCCAUGAACUCCUACCGCAACGCCUCUCUGCAGGACCUGCUCUCCUCCAUCUCCUAUGCGCACAAAGAGGGCGAGCCCCACAUGCCGCAAGCCAGCAGCAUGGCGCCACCCCGCGGCCACAGACAGAACGCCCUCGUGUGCAGCGGUGGGGGCGGGGGCGGCGAGAUCGGCCUGGUCCCCUACCCUCCCCACCCAUCCUCCCUCUUGAAGAGCAACGCGUUGUACCAUCCAUCACCAGCCAGCCACCACCCUCCUAUUAACAACAGUGCCUUACCCUCCCCGAUCAGCCUUAUGAGCCUGCCCAACGAUGCGUGCGGCAUGGUGGCUAUGCCACACCACGGGCACAUCCAUUCCUACAUCAACAACCAAGGGGCACACAUGAGUUUGCUAGAUUCCUUGCAGGGACCCUACCCAGAAGCCAUGCACACUCCCGUUUUGGGCCAGGACAGAUUCCCAGCAGACUUAGACUUGGACAUGUUCAACGGUAGCUUGGAGUGUGAUGUGGAGUCCAUCAUUCUCAAUGACUUCAUGGACAGUGAUGAGAUGGACUUCAACUUUGACUCUGCCCUCCCGCCGCAGAACGGUCUCAAUAUGGCCACCUUGCCCAGUGCCCCGCAACCCACCAAUCAGAGCUGGGUGCCGGGGUGAGGCCUGCUCAGACAGCUCCAGCCCACCAAUCAGCGGAGUGGGGGGUGGGGGGUACUGAAACAAACUCUCUCUCCCCCCCCCCCGCCACCCCUUCUUCUUUCCUUUGCCUUUGUUUGUUCAGCCAGGCUAGAGCCAUCUGUUUAAACUUGAGAACAACACUAAACACACACACACACACACACACACACACACACACACACACACACACAACGUAGGGUAAACAAUGUUUUGACAGGUACCGGCGGCUUCCCGCUCGUGCCAGUUGUAUUGUGCAGUAAGUCGGAUCUGUCUUUGAUGUGUGCAAUAGGCACAAGUUAGCCAUGGCCUUGCAGAGCUGCUGCCCCCAUCUCUUCCCCCUCCCUUCCCCGCCCUGGGCUCCUGCACUAUUGCACAGAAAGAGGGAACCGGUGCAUUGUGGCCCAAAGAACAAUCUAGAACUAUGGUCAAGCCUUCAUGUUGGUCAAGGUGGCCUCCUUGAAGGGGUGUUUCUGGCUUGCCAUUGGUUCCAUUCCCAAUGGUUCUCCUGAGAGCUAAAUUCUAAUUUUAUUUCCCUGCACUGGUCCUGGCCUGCCUGUGGCAUCCCUAAAGUAGAGACCAAAUAGAUAAGACACCCCCCCCCAUUUCCAGACAGCCAACAUAGGAAGCUGCCUUUUUCUGAGUCAGACCAUUGGUCCAUCUAGUUCAGUGUUGUUGACACAGACUGGCAGCGGCUUCUCCAAGGUUGCAGCCAGGAGUGUCUCUCAGCCCUAUCUUGGAGAUGCUGCCAGGGAGGGAACUUGGGACCUUCUGCACACAAGCAGGCAGGUGCCCUUCCCAGAGUGGCCCCAGAGCUUACAGUGCUCACAUGUAGUCUCCCAUUCAAAUGCAAACCAGGGAAGACCCUGCUUAGCAAAAGGGACAAUUCAUGCUAGCUACCACAAGACCGGCUCUGGACAGUGCUGUCGUACUCGCUAACCACUGGCAGCAAGAGCUGCUCGCAAAGGGCUUGCCACGUCGACCAGUUCUUCGCCUGAGUUAGCUAUAGUAUCUCCCCAUCCAGUUGUUCCAACUGAAUUACAAUGGAUUUCCUUCCAUGGGCAGAAAAAUCGGUCGUACUUGCAGCAUGACUGGUAUAGAAGGGAAGAAUCUGGGAUCACCGGGUGGGAGGGGAUGCCAUGGAAAGCGGCACCAGCCUGAUCCAUGCCAGCUUUGCCAGUGGUUGCAUUUUCUGUCCUCCGUGCUUGCAGCAGCCACUGUGAAAUGCGUGUGCAUAUAGAAUGCGCACUUGACAUGUGCCUGCUGCUGCACACCGAGACACAUGGCCCUUGGCACUAUAUUAAGAGCUAGUCCCUGGUGUGGUGUGGCUACUGCUGACCUGGGAGGUGGGCAAUCCGGGGCUUGGAGGUGAGGAGGAUGGGAUGGGAUGGCAACGUAAUGCGGUGGGGUGCCCUCUCUGGUUGGCGGAUACCUGAAGUUGUGAGUGCAGAGCCCGAGGUUUGGAUGGGAACUGGCAGCCAGGUAGGCAAGAGUUGCUUCAAGGCUAGGAGAGCAUGCUUGGAAGUGUAGCUGCAGCCAUAGGAUGGAGGUGCAGAUGGACGUAUCGUAGGGUCGGAGGCCGCCUCGGAGCACUUCAAAGAGGUGGUGUGCCAAUGCGCCCUUAGACCAUUUUCACAAGUGACAUUGUAAUUAGUGUUUGUAUAUCCCAUAUCUGGACAUUUGAGAAGUAAAAGGUAGACAACCAUACUGACUAGAAUCCAUAUGAAAACUGGCUCUCUUCUGCUGUCUGUCCUGCUUUAAUACCUUCCCGGAGGAAUGUGUUCAAGAUUAAAUCGUGCUGCUUUCGUCACUUGUGAAAAGGUCCUUCUUUGAUUGGGUCCAUGGUGCAGUAGGCGGGGAGAUAUUUAUUUUAAAAAUUGAUAUCCCACCUUUCCUAAGUAAACAAUGGCACAAGGCAGCCAAAAGAAAACUAAAAGGACAGAAACAAUAAUAGGUUAGAUGCCCUAAAAUAAUACAAACAUAAAAUAAAAUACAGAACUUCAUUGAAUGAAAACAGUUUCAGGAUGCAAUUCGAUGCAAAUGUACCUGGGAGUAAGUUAUACUGAGCACUGUGGGACUUCCUUCUGAGAGUCUAUGUGUCUAGGAUUGUAGUGUUAAAAUACAAAAAGAGUAACCCUUUGUCCUUUACCAAUUCCCUGACUUCAAAAUCCACCCAUUUGAAGCUGUCCUCCAUAACUUAUUGGUAUGAUUUGGACUGGGGUCAUGAUAUUGUGUGGAGGUGAGGGGGGGGUCAAUCCAAAAUGGCCCCCUCCUGCGGCUGUUUUUUGAAACAUGAUGCUCUAGCAUCAUAUGUAACUCAGCUCUGGGUGAACUAUUAAAGGAUGCCUGAAUAUCCCACUCCAGCAAGGAACUAUUUCCAGUGGCAUCUAUAGCUCAUGUUAUGGAGGCAGAAGCAGAGAGAGAAUAUUUCUAACAAUUCUGAAGGCAGGGGAAAACAAGGGGUUUGGGGUGGCUUGGUUUUGGAAGACAGAAAUACAGAGGGAAAACUAAAUGUGGACAAUAUCAUACCACCUUACUUAUCAAAUCUAAAUUGUAUUUACUGCUCUAAGAACAUCAGAGGCAUGAUUCCUCCAAGUUAAACACCAUGAAGUUCUAUUGAUUUCAAUGGGAGAGCUGAUCACAUCCAUAAAUCUCCAUCAUUGAAACUGGUGGGAUUUCCAAGUGCUUAUCUUUGGCUGGAUUGAGCCCAAAAUGUGUUAUAUACAACUUAGUUAGCAGUUAGCGCAUGAGAUAAGUAUUGUUUGGUAUAUUUAUAAAGCUUUGAAAAAGGUUCAAUGUUUUAUGUGCUGAUCCCAUGGAGUGCAUGUGGAAUCCCUUUUGAAGAGCUGAAAUCUCAUUAAUCAGCUGUCUGAGAGAGGAGACCUAGACCUGAGAGAGGAGAUCUAGCCUUUCACUCCCCUCCCAAACAGCUGAUACCUGGAUUUUUAAAAAGGAUUUAGCAUGCACAGCCCUGUCUACAGGAUCAAGAGGAGAACUGCAUGUGCAAGCAUAUGAGAUUCCUCAGCCUGUAGGGACAGACAUGCAGAAGCUUGCCUCUUGGUACGUAGGACCCCUAGGAUCAGGGUGCCUGGACGCAAUCUAACCCAAUGUUAGCACUUCUUAGGCUCAAACUAGGCAUGGUGGCAGCAGUUCUCUGUUUAAGGGAUGGGGAGAGACACAGAAAAUUCUGCAUAAAAUUUCCGCGGCAGGGGGGAAUUGCCUCCAAUGCAACUGGCAUUUCACUGAGCAUUCUAAAAGAGGACAUAUUCUAUGUGGGCUUUUAUUAUCAUUAUUUCCCCCAAAUUCUCAAUAUUUUCAUAUUGGGCCUCCAGGAAGGGGGCGAGACCCAAAACAUUUUUACUCCUGAAUUCCUCUUUCCCCCCUCCAGCCUUCAUAUCAGUAGGCAGGAAUGGGCAUAGCCAUAAUAACCAGGCAUCAAUAAUCCACUUGCCAGUGGCGAGUGCCUCUAGCCCUCUGGUGAGCAGGACACCCAGCACCACACAGAUCUCCUCCCCAGAGGUUUCAUUUCCCUGCCAUUUUUGAGAAGAUAGGAAAGAGCAGGAAUCCUUUUUGAGGAGUAGGAGAGUGCUCUCCCAAUUGUAGAAACAGGGAGAGCCCUCCGUUUCAUUAUGAUUAUCAGGGAUCCACUAAUUUAGACUUUGUUUACUAGCCAGACAUUCUGGUCAUCACCGAUGAUGCAAAUGACAGAAGACCUGCUUCUCUCCCAAGCCUUCUGCCUGUGCACCAUAGAAAGAUCUGAGGGAAAAGAGGGGAUUGGUGAUGACCAGAAUGGUUGGCUAGUAAACAAAGUCUAAGUUAGUGGAUCCCUGAUCAUCAUAAUGAAACUCCUGGAAAGGAGGCGUAACCCAUUUUGCCCAUGUGUGUGGCAGUACAUGAGCCCAAUUAAUCUGGGCCACUGUUUUGCUCUACAUCUGCAUCAGCUGCAAGCCAACAACAUCAUUCAAAUGGGCUCACACGAGAUAAAUGUUUACAUUGCUGGAUCAUGUACCAAAUUUAAUAUAUUUGGAUUCUAAAGAUUUUGUUUGUAAUUAUAACUAUUUUAUUACGAUUAUAAUUAUUUGGUCAAGCUCAUUGAUUCCUUUUAUGAUUUCCUCCUCAGUUUCCCCAAAUGUUUUCACUGGCAACACUAAUCAGAAACUUCAGCUGCAGCCUUACGGUCCAUAUAAGGGCAAUUCCAAGGGUAACAGAAUCAGGCAUGUUACCACUUUUUCAAUGACUGCACCCAGAAGCAAAUUUUCAAGCUAAUGUUAUAUAUACCCACUGGCACAAGAACAUUUCCUACAAGGGCAUAUUUUUACAAAACUCUUAAAUAUAAUUGAUAGACUCUGAAACAUGCAAAAUACGUUAGUAACAGAAUCAGAAUUGUGGGACAUUGUUUCUGAUUCCGUUACCAAGGUGUUUUGUAUGUUUCUGACAAUAUAUUAUUUAAGACUUUUGUGAAAAAUAUGACCUUAGAAAAUGUUCUCUUACCAAUGGGUAUAUAUAAUAUCAACUUGAAAAAUCUGCUUAUGGCUACAGUAAUUGAAAAAGUAAUAAGAUGCCUAAUUCCAUUACCCUUGGAAUUGCCCACAAAUAGUCGGCCACAAGGACUGUUGUUUAUAGUGAUGGAGGGUAGAGUCAGAUCCCUGGGGAUUCAGAAUGCAACUGCCUCCAUGUUAACAUCUACAAUCUACCCCUACCCCAAUCUUGAAGCAAUGAGAGAAAGGAAAGAAACGUUCAAAAAAAGGCAGAGAUGAUCUGAGUGCCUGUCUACCCUCUACCCUCCUUGACACCAUCAUCCCAGUUAUUGGAAGGGGUCUUCAUAGUGCCUAGGGGCAGAACAUUGACUCAUUUCUUAGAGCAGAGGACAUAUCCUAGAGCAUUUCCAAUCUUGGAUCCCUAGAUGAUGAUAGACUUCAACUCCCAUCAUUCCCAGCCAAAAUGGUCAAAGGCUAGAGAUGAUGGGCAUUGCAAACCAACAAUAUCCAGGGUUUGGGGACUCCUGUCCUAGAGUGUCAACAGAAGAUUGAGAAGAGAGGAUGCGAGAGACAGAAAGGCCUGCCGUUGACCCUCAGCUGAACCCUAAGCUCAUGUCUUUGUGGAGGCAGAAAGACAGGAUGGCCCUCUCACGUCCCCUGCCAUGCAGGACUUUGGCUGGAGAGCUAAUCCUUAGGAAGCGCCCUCUUGCUCAGCCAUCGUUGUGGUGUGUUAACUGUAGGGUCGUUAUGUGUGCAAUGAAGUCAUAUUGCUAAGCGUUGUGUUUAACCGUCUUUGUGCAAGUGCAGUGCAGUGCCAAGGGGCUGGGAUGUUGAGCAUGGGCAGGGCAUGUGCCACAGAGAGUCCUGCUAGUCAUGUUGAGUAAGGCGGCACUAUUGGAGGGGCAGCGUGGUGGAAAGUGUGGGGCCCGGUGAGGACAGGGACGCUCUCGGCAAUCUGCACCGGUACUGCCUUCUGCUGAUCAGUCCGGCAAGAUAGCAGGCGGGUUCUCUGAAGAAAACCAAAGGGAAUUAUAUGGUCAGAUAUCAACGCCUGGGGAGUGGGAUAUUUUUAAGAGGUGAGGAGCCGGUAUCGUCUUGGAAAUGGAGUUGGUGAUUUUGUUCGUCAGUCUGGACCUCUGUGGGGGCGCCCCGUCCCUCACAUUUGGACUGGGAGCCUUGUCAGUCGCUGGCCAACAGGUGCAGAUAUGACCAUCUUGCUGGUCCAUCUGUCUACCUGGUGUUGAGAGCUCCACUGUGGCUGGGAACUUGCUCCUCCCCCUUCCCCCCCAAGUCACUGUCUAGAACAAGCUUGUGAUUCCCCUUUCAUACCCCUCAGACAGCGAGCGGCUGACAAUCCUGAAGCCACCGCCUCACUUGCCUGCCCUGGAGUGGCUUGACAGACUGGAGUCUGGCAGGUGAGGCCUCCCGAGUGCCACAUGGCAGGAAAUGGUGGUGGCCCAAUCUGAUUGCUGCCACUGUGGCAGCCGUAGCAGGGAAGCAAGGCAUGGCCUCCACUUCUGCGCAAGCCACACAAUUGCUUCUGUAUUGCACUUAAAAAUAAUGAUAAUUUUGGGAAAUGCUCAACACAUUUUCAAAACAUUUUCUUUUUUAAAAAAUGGAUACCUUUGGAGGGUUAUUCUUUUGUCCACUUUUCAGUACAGGUCUACCAGUGGCUACUAGUCUGAGGGCUAUGGGCCACCUCCAGCCUCAGAGGCAAGAUGCCUCGGAAUGCCAGUUGCAAGGCAUGCCCUCACCUCUUGCUUGUUGGCUUCCCCGAAGUAUUGGAUGGGCCGCUGUGGGAAACAGGAUGCUGGACUUGAUGGGCCUUGGGCUUGAUCCAGCAGGGCUGUUCUUUUGUAUCCAAAUUAAACCCCCACAUUCUGGUUUUGCAAUGAAAAAUUGUACUCAAAUUGAUUAUUCUUCCAACUAGAAAUGCUUCCACUCACCAAUCUGAUAAGCAUUGGCACGUUGUUGCUUGGAUAGGCCAGUCUUCUGACCAUUUAACAUGGGUAUGUUUCCACCAUCCUAAAGGCAAUUGCUCACCAGUCUAAGCAAUUGGUGGUGACUCAUUCCUCCCCACCCUUCCCCCUUUCCUGAAACUCUUUGCCUAACUCCAUGUACAAUGCAGCUAGGGCUUACCCUAGAUUGGUUUUCAAUGCCAAGACUCAGCUAUGGAACACGUGAAGUCACCGUCACUUAAAAGAGUAUCACAGGACAUGUGCAAAAAAUCCCUUUCCUUCCAACGAUCCAGAAUCAUAUACAUCAAGGAUUCUCAAACUUGGGUCCUCAGGUGUUAUUGGACUUCAGCUCCCAUAAUCCCCACCCUCAGUGGCCUUUGGUUGGGGGUUAUGGGAGUUGAAGUCCAAUAACACCUGAGGACCCAAGUUUGAGAAUCACGGAUAUACAUUAUGGAACAAAGGCAGAACUUGCAAGCCAAAGGAUGUCGCAUCCAGGCAAGCUGGCAUCUCAGUUCCUCUUGAUUUAGGUUAAGAAUGGCAUGCAGGACUGCUUUGAGCUGUUGCUGAUUUAAAACUGUUGCUUUAAAUCAGCGUUGUGGCUAGGGUGUGAUGUGGAGCCAGGCUGUGAGACCAACAGUUCCUGUACAAAGAUGGCCUUGCCUUGCCCACAUCAGGGUCUGAAGGAGGCCAUUUGGCUGCAUCUUGGUGUUCAGUGUUCUUGUAAGGAGCAAUUGGCAGGAGAUGACGAGGCGCUUGAGCCGUGGGGCAGGGUCCACCAAGCAGCCCACCCAGCAGGAAGGAGCUGACCCCCCUGAACUAAGCACAGUCAUAGCACACCAGCUCGGCCGCCCCCCCACCCCACACUUUCCCACAGUGCCCACCUUUUCAGCCUUGAGAGCUGGGUCACCAUCUUGGGCAUGGUUGUUCAGGUGGGACCAAGACCCAGGUGUGACAUUCAGUCCUCCUAAAAUGCAGCAGGCUCACAGAGAGGGGACGGCCUGAUGUCAGGAGAGUCUGUCACCAGGUUGGGCCAGACCAAACGUUUCCAAAUUUGUGUCUUUUCCUCCUCGUAUUUAUAACUGUACAGAUUCGGGGGUUAGGGUUUUCGACAGGCUGUUAUCUCUCACCACACAUAUAUUGUACGCAAUGUAACCUUCUUGAUUGUGCUAUUCUAGUUUUGUGUAUGUGGCAAUGUAAAGAACUGUGUAUAGUGCAUUGUACAGCAUAUUUUCAUGAAUAAAAUUGUUUUAAA